UUGACCAUGAGCUUCUGAAGCUGCUGCUGUUUCUCUGAAAGAAGAUCGAGCUUCACCCCAGAACCCUACUUCCUUCCUCUGUCCAAUAUCUAGUAUUUGAAGAUCUGAAGAUGCAAGUCUCAAUGAACAGAUGAAGGCCUGAUGCCUGAAAUGUUGACUCUCCUGCUUCUCAUGCUGCCUGACCCACUGUGCUUUUACAGCGCAACACUUUUUGACACUGACUCUUCCGCGUCUGCAGUCCUUAUUUUCACGUCAAUAUCUGACAGUCACUCAAUUGAUCAGGACAGCCACGAUUUUUGACUAUAAUUCUGUGAGAAGGAGCAAACCUUUUUGGUUCCUGUUUGAGUAAGUUUUCAUUAUCAGUGGGCCUGGAUGAGAGACCCAACUGUUGCUGCCCACUGAAUGUGGAGCCUGAAACUGUUAUACGGCCUGGAAAGAGGAAUUCCCAGCAGUGAGGGUAAGUACAUGCGUUUGAUUGUAGCUGAAGCUUCGGACAUGGAGAAACCGUGGAAGUGUGAUAACUGUGGGAAAGGCUUCCGUACUCCGUCUGACCUGGAGAUUCAUCAGCGCGUCCACAUGGGGGAGAGGCCGUUCUCCUGUCCUAAGUGCGGGAAGGGCUUUACCCAGGUCCCUGCCCUGCUUAGGCACCAGCGGAUCCACACGGGGGAGAGGCCUUUCAGUUGCCCCGAGUGUGGGAAGGCCUUCAGCAAUUCCUCCACCUUGCAGACCCACCGACGAGUCCAUACGGGAGAAGGGCCCUUCAGCUGUCCCGAGUGUGGGAAGGCCUUCAGCUAUUCCUACCACCUGCUGAGGCACCAGCGGGUCCACACGGGGGAGAGGCCUUUCAGCUGCCCCGAGUGCGGGAAGGCCUUCAGCAAUUCCUCCACCUUGCUGACCCACCGGCGAGUCCAUACGGGAGAAGGGCCCUUCAGCUGUCCUGAGUGUGGGAAGGCCUUCACCCGCUCCUCCAACCUCCGGAACCACCAGCGACUUCAUGUGCCAUCGCAGGGAGACUGACAGCGACUGCCGAGUGCCAUUAUCGACUGGACUAUCAACCCAGUUCUGGGAUCUGUUGGGUUUGAAUCUCACCGUGGCAGAUGGUGGAAUUGGAAUUCGGUCAGAAUCUAAUGAUGAAACCAUUUUCUGGUAUUGGGUGGGGGAGAAAACCCUAAUCUGAUUCACUCACGCCCUUUUUAGGGAAGGAAACUGCCGUUGUGGGAAAGGAUUCACUCAGUCGUCCCAGCUGCAUCCUUUACCCGGUCUGGCCUACACAUGACUCCAGACCCACAGCAGUCUGUUUCACUCCACACUGCCCCCGUUCCUCGCCCCACGGGUUAAGGCUGUACCAAGGAUCCAAUUACCAAGAAUAAAGAGUGCUGACCAAAAGUAAAGAAAAUGGGGUGGGGUGGAGGGAGGGGGAGUUUGUGCGC